AAAAGAAAACAGAUUCAAACAAAAAUUGGAUUCUCUCUCAUCAUCACUCACGUGACACCCUUUUUCCCCCUAGAGAGAGAGAGAAGCCAAAAGAAAGAAAGAAAGAAAAAAAAAGACGAAGCUUUUGCUCUGUUCCUUAGGGAGGGAAACAAGUAGCAUCUUUGUAUAGAGAAAACAGAGAAGAGAGAGAGAGAGAGAGACGAAACGCUUCUGUUGGCCACAUUACAAAGCCAAAACGGCUGCACCCACCACCAGAAAAAUUCCCCAAAAACCAAAAACCAAAACCCCCUUUUCCUCUCUUUCUCUCACAUAAAACAGAGUUUGGUUGUGUGUAUAAUCUGCAGAAGCUGCUACACCUCUCUCUCUGUGUCACUAUCACCGUCCAACGCCACUCUAUUUCAUACCAACGAAGAACAUAAAUUUAAAAAAAAAAAAAAGAGGAAAAAACAUCCUCAAAAGCAAAUAGCAUCUUGAAUCAGCCGUUUCUGUGAAAAAACUCAUCAUUCAUAUUUCACAAAUGCAGCAGCACCUGAUGCAGAUGCAGCCCAUGAUGGCAGCUUAUUAUUCCAACAACGUCACUACUGAUCACAUUCAACAGUAUCUGGAUGAGAACAAGUCGCUGAUAUUGAAGAUUGUUGAAAGCCAAAACUCAGGAAAAUUGAAUGAAUGUGCAGAGAAUCAAGCUAGGCUACAGAGAAACCUCAUGUACUUGGCUGCCAUUGCUGAUUCUCAACCUCAACCUUCUGCGAUGCAUGCCCAGUACUCUUCCAGCGGCAUGAUCCAACCAGGAGGGCAUUACAUUCAGCACCAACAAGCUCAGCAGAUGACGCCACAAUCGCUGAUGGCUGCCCGAUCCUCUAUGUUGUACUCCCAGCAGCCAUUUUCAACACUGCAGCAGCAAGCUUUGCACGGCCAACUCGGUAUGAGCUCCGGAGGAGGCAUAGGAUUCAACAUGCUGCAAAACGAUGCUGGCAAUGCAGGAGGAGGCAAUGGAGGAGCACUCGGAGGAGGAGGCUUCCCAGAUUUCGGCCAUGGUGCUGCAAGCGACAGCUUGCACCGUAGCCUAGCUGGUGGGAGCAAGCAAGACAUGGGAGGAACCGGGUCUGCAGAGGGACGAGGUGGGAGCUCCGGGAGCCAUGGUGGUGAUGGAGGCGAGACUCUGUACUUGAAAUCAGCUGAUGAUGGGAACUGAAAGUAUGAGGAGAAAAAAAAAAGAAAAGUUGGACUGUUCAGUAAGUUGAUGGUAGAAAAUUAAAGUAGGUACAAUAGAAAUUAGGAAGAUAAAAGAAGAGAAGAAACGCUUCUUACUAAAAAAAAAAAAAAAGCACUUGCCUAUUAUCUUAUGUGUAAACAAUGGUGUGAGGAUUCAAACCUCAUAAAACUUCGACCUUUGGGUAUCCUUUUUCCAUGUUAAAAUAUGUGCUUGUAGUGUAUUAUGUAAAGUUUCUUCUCUUGUUCUGUGCUA